AUGGACGCCCUCAAGCCCUUCCUCCCUGAAGCCAAGGGUGUUCUACCCUACUACAUGAUCAUCCUUUCCAUCAUCUCCAUUGGCAAUUCGCUGCAGGCGUACACCACGCUGCACUUUUCCCGACGAGUCUACAACGGCCGCUUCAUUCGCAACCCAAAGCUCCCCAGCAAGACCAACAACUUCGAACCCGAGGAUCAGACGAACAAGCUGAUUCCUGCUCAAAAUGACCCCAAGGCUGCCGACCAGUUGACUCCCCUCGCGGGCAGACUGUUUGGCACUUGGACACUCAUCACCUGCAUUGUUCGAUGCUACGCUGCUUACAACCUCCACAUUGGUCCUGUCUACACUCUGGCUUACUGGACCUACAUCGUUGCCUUUUCGCAUUUUGCCAGCGAGCUUUUUGUCUUCAAGACCAUGACGUUUGGUCUGCCUCAAUACUUCCCAUUCGCCCUGGCUUCCACUUCCCUGAUCUGGAUGCCCCUGGUUCGCGACCACUACGUCCAGUACAACUAA